CUUGGCCGUACAGUCCACCGCUUUCUAGAGCUUUUCGCUUCUGCCCUGCACCGUUGAAACUCCGUUAUACAGGUACUUUAGGCUCACUGAACAAGUCCCUUUUGUAGCGGGGUGAGCAUGCUUAGCUGCCCCUCCAGCCGGCGAACGUGCGAGCUGGGCCGAGCUGCUGGCCCCGACGUGACAAGCAAAUCUUACGGUACAUGUAAACCGGUGAAUUUAGCACUUUGCCUUCAAAUGUGUGAAUUGUGGCGAAUUCCGCAAACACCUGUAAGCAAACACGCACGCCGGUAUCCAUUUUAGCGGGCAGAGAUGCAUGUCAGCAGCCUCGCUGGGCAAUUUGCUGUCGAGUCGAGAAGAGGCUUUCCCGCCGACGUCGAACUCUGUGCAUCAUCAAGGACACCAGGAACAGUCAUAGACGUUUUUGUUUGACAGGCGCGGCUUUUCUCCACUUCUCCCCACAGGCCUGCCGGAACAUCCGCUCGAAAGAAACCUACACAGGGUCCGUGCGCACGGCGUGCAAGCGUAUAAAACAUGUACAUAAUUGCAUAUUCGUGCAUAUCUAUGUGUAUUAUUUGCAUGUGCAUAUGUGUCGACAUCGCUUUGCUGGGCACAUUGUCGAUACUUCGUUGACAGUGGCUGGGUUCCGAGAUCCGUCCGUGUUCCCUUGCCUUCUCUAAAUCCGCUGCAAAACCAUGGAUGAGGCAGCCUCUCCCUGUCUCCAUUUCCGCGGCGGCGAAAAACGAGCGAAGAAAACGAGCCCCCAAAAGAGAGAAGCGGACGCCAGGAGGAGGCAGGCAACAGCAGCGUCUGGCCACCAGGGAUGCAUGGCUGCUGAGCAGGCGGUUCACUGGUGGCGGUGCCCGCAGCACAGGCGCUUCCUCGCUCUGUCCCCAAGCCGCAGUUAUCGUUCCCUUUCAGUUGCGAACGGCGUUAGAAGCAACGGCAGCUUCUCCACGCCAGAGUCAGUCUCCAAGCGCCUUCCUGGCCCUCGUGAACAGAUAGAGGAAAGACCGCCCUCAGUCUCCCAGUGGACUCACACCUCCCCACAGGCUCAAAAGAAAGCGAGAAAGGAGAAGGAGAAAGCACGAAGAUCUCAGGGGUUAAUCAGGACGCACGCACGAACAGGGUGGCCCAGACUAUUUCCUCUUUUCCUCUGUCUCGGUCUGUUCUCUUCCACUUUCGGAUGCGACAGGCAGCCAAAUGGCAAAGGCGCCUCUGUUGUUGCCUUCGUAGUUGCUUCUCCUCCCUCUGACGAGGCGCUCAGAAAUGACGAAAAAUCCCUUUUUUGUGACGCCUCGCGACCUUCCAACUGUCUGGCUCUCUCCCGAGAAGAAUGCUUCUCCACCGACACAAGGCGUCUUUCCUGUCCCUCCUCUUCUUCCGCUUCUCUGGCAUCUUCUCCGUUCUCUUCUUCUCCUUCGUCUUCUUCUGCUUCAGGUUCUUCUCUCUCUUCUUCUUUCUCUCCUUUGUCUGAUUCCGUUCCGUCUGGAUCCUCCACAGAAGCGAGGAAGAUUCUUGAAGGUCGCAUGGCACGACUUUCGCCUCGAGAGUGUCGCAGGGACGAAGCUGGUGUCGUCUGGCCUUUCCGCGACGCGCCUUUCCUCUUGGAGAAGCAGCCCCUGCUGACGCAUGAGCCAGUGCAUUUUUUCGCUCUCCUCCCUUUGCACCCGGGAGGGAAAACCAACCGUGCCUCUUCCACUCCUUUCCCGGUUGUUCUGGUCGCCACUUGCUCGCGCAGCGGCGUGCUUUCUCUCUUCCCAGCUGGAGGGGAUGGGGAAGUUCUGGCGUCGCUUGCUACUGGUCACGCUUCGCCUGUCGCAGCUUUCGCCGCGUUUCACCGACCUGACGAAGACUCCUUCCUUGCCGCCCUCGAUAUGUCGGGCGAGCUUCGAGUUCUCUCCGUCUCCACGCGUCUCACAACUGUCUCCGUCUGUCCCCACAUGAACAACAGGAGACAGAACGAAUCGCAAGGAGGCAGUUCCUCGUCUUGUUCUCCAGAACGCAAUGUUGAAUUCAAGGAGAAAGUCGCGCGAUCCCUCGCGCUCAAGCCGAAAGUGAAACUGGAACCGGACGUGCUCGUUCAUCAUCCGUUUUUAUCUUCUUCCUCGGAGCGAAAAGUCACAAACUUUCUCGUCAUCUCCCACAAAGGCGAAAAAAUGUUUCUCCUCUCGGACUCGCAAGGAUGGAUCACGAUUCUGACGAGAGCCGGCACCCUCCGGAAGCGCGUAAAAGUCACCGAAGAGGCAGGCGGCGUCAGGCACAUUGUUCACAGCUCAGGCGUCGUCGUCUUCAGCACGGCGAGAACGUUUGCGAUGUUCAGCGUGGCUCUGAUGGACAUCUCGGGAGCUAUUGGGAUUGUCGGCGCUCGGUCGCCGAUUUCCUCCCUUGCUAUCGAUCCGACGAAGCAAACGCGGCUGGCUGUCGCGCUCGAGGAUGGACAGAUUCUCUACUACGAUUUAAAAAAAGCAUCUCUGCUCUACAAAUUCCCCAGUUCGUCGCGGGCACCCACGCAGCUCAUCUUCACGAAGGAAGCCAUCUUCGCAAUGAGCGUCGUAAACGGCAAAGGCAGCUUUUUCCUGAGCUUUGACGUACGAGAGGCUGAGGCCCCUCGAAGCAACGCCGCAUCAGAGGGAAACUCUGGCACAUCCUUUCUUCCUGCUGAUCGCUUCAUCCUUGAAAAUUUCGAAGGCGCCUCUCUAACUUCUUUCUAUCGCUUCGGAGAAACUUUGCUCCUCGCCGUUGCUUCCCGCCGAGGAGAUGAAGUUCGUUUUUUCGAGCCCUCAGCGCGACAGUGGUUGCCUCCUGAAGAGGAGCCUUGGUUCCACUUUCGGUUGCCGGUGCUGGUAGUGGCGCUGGUAGCCGUCCUCGUUUUUCGACUUUUUCGCGCAGAUCGCUUGUCUCUGCCCCGAACGGAACGCGCAGAAGUCUUUCGAGAGAGACAAGGAUGGAAAGAUCGAGCAGGACCGGAGGAGUUCCCCAGUCUACGAGAGGAGUUUACUCGCUUUUUCGCGAAGGCUCGAGGAGCUCCUUCGCGAGGCUUCUCUGCUUCUCCCUUCGAAGGAAACAGUCUCCGAUUCCGGCCUCGCGGGAAACGGAGACACUUUUUCCACUCGCCUUCCUCAGCUUCGGAGACAGCAUGCAGACGGAAGAGAGAAGAGACAGCUGAGGCAGGCAGUCUUCCUGCGCAUGCAAACGGAAUCUCGCUGGAGAAAGACGCUUUGGGAGCCCCGCGAGUGUCUUCGUCCGACUCGGACUUCCAUUAAAAAAGCAGGAAAAGGAAAAGACGAGAGGCACCGCGGCAUGCGGACCAACUGAACUCUGCAUCCUUCUGGCAGAGACUCGCAGCAGAAUCCGGAACGAAUCCUUCAUUCCGACAUACACGCAAACAUCUACAAAUAAAGACACGCAGAUACAAAUACCUACAUGCAGAGGCCAGAAGAUAGGCGAGAUUUUGAGAAGCAAAGCGAGUUUCUGCUUGAAGGCGUUGCGCCUGAGCAGCCAGGAGAGAGAGAAACGCAGACGGAAGAGAAAUCAAUCAGAUGGGUGAAGGACGAACUAGAGCUGAGACGCGAGAGAGAGAGCAAAAUUGAGGAAGCGUCAGAGGGGGAGAAAAGACGAGCAAGAAAAAAAGGGAGAAACAUCUCGGCGUUCUGUUGUGUAACUUCCUUUCGAACGCAACUUCGGACGCGUCUGCACGUGCUUCUUCCUCUCUAUAUAGACACGGAUACACAGAUUUCCACAUAUAUAUAUAUAUAUAUAUACUUAUAUAUACUUAUAUAUAUGCAUGCAUACAGAGGCCUGGCGUAUAUGUAUAUAUAUAUAUAUAUCGAUUUUUCGUUAUUUGAGAGGCUUUUUGAGGAAAUGGUAUUUCUGUGUAUUUCGUUUCCAUGGCGAAACGUUUUUUUUCUCGAGAAGUUGUUCGCGAUUCGAGGUGCGAGCUUUGUUUUCGAGAGAAGAGCAGUUGCUCUCUGACUCGGCAGAAUCCGCGUUUUCCUCCUGUCGAGGCACAGAGGUGCGAGUUCCUCUCUGUCGAAAAGAGGAGAAACCGAGGGCCUUCACCGCAGAAGAAAAGGAACUUUCAGUCUGUUGAAAGUGCGAAUCAGGCAAUCUUGAGACAGAAAUCGAACCUUGGACGCGCGUGGACUCUCGGAAAAUGUGAAAAGGUAAACUGUUCCUUUUUCGGUGAGUUCGCUGCCUACAGCCUUAGCAGGGGAAAGAUGCCUCGUCGCGUCCUGGAGAAGGCAUACACACGAACGUUUUUCAGGA